AUGUCAAUUCCUACGGAUAUGGCCAAACCUGAUGAAAUCGAGACACAAUAUCAAGAUUUGAAUAAUGUGAAAAAUGUCGGUCCUAGUGAUUACCAAUACGGUCAAUACUACCAACCUGAUAACGAAGAGGAUGAAGAAGAUGAUGGAGAAUUGGUUGAAAAUCAUGGGCAUAAUGUUGGCGAUGUUAAUUAUAUGGAUAGAAGUGAUCAGAAUCUUAAUGGCUGUUUCACCCGAAAAGAUGGGGUUAUAUUAGACCAAGAAAGAUUUCUGCCAAUUGCAAAUAUUUCGAGAAUCAUGAAAACUCAGGUUGAUCCUCAAGCGAAACUUUCUAAAGAAGCGAAAGAAUGCGUCCAAGAAUGCGUUUCUGAAUUUAUUCAAUUUUUGACUUCUGAGGCCGCUGAUUAUUGUCAUCAAACUAAACGGAAGACCUUAACUGCUGAUGAUCUCUUAACAGCUUUGGAAGCUACUGGUUUUGACAAUUAUGCUGAACCGAUGAGAAUUUUCCUGAUGAAAUACCGACAAGCCCACAAAUUGACGGGACCAAUUCACCGACCUCACACAAAUUAUGUUCAUCCGCCACAAUAUGCCAAUGAUCCACCAAUUCAACCCUUGUUUUACAAAACUGACGGCGGAAUGCGUUGUGUUGAAACACAAUUUUUCAAUUCUGAUGGUGAGGAAAAGGAAAUUGGAAAUCAAGAUAUUGAGGAAAACCAGGAAUCUGAAAAGAGGAGACUUUCAGGACAAAGUACACAACCAGAAUCAGAAGAGUAUUUCAACGAAGACCAAACGGCAUCGCAAACCGCAGUGCAAACCGAACAAGGUGAUAUAAUUCUGGACGAAAGUGGAGAAAUGCCAAUUGCUGCCCUCGAACAACAGCAUCAAAUGCAAAUUUAUGUUGAUGCGUCGACUAAACAACACUAUGCGGCUAUGGAAACGCCGCAAGGAAUUCAAUUAUUCCCAAUUACAAUUCAAAAUGAUCCUAUCACAAUUACAAACACAGCGGAAAGUGAGACUGCCGAGCCGGCCACAGAAUUCUCAUCAUUCGGAAACGACGAGACGCAGAAGACUGGCGAAACACAACCAUCUGAAGAAAGCGCUUUGCCAUUACCCAAGGAUUUCGCUGUUAAUUCCGAAUAUUCGACAUCUGUGCCGCAGUCUUUCGAAAAACCGAUGAGUAUAGAUAAUAUUGAUGUUACUGUUGGCGAAGUUCUAAUGAAGCGGAAGAGAAAAAUUAUUCCAUCGUUUAAAGGGCGGAGACGUCCGGCCCCGAGUUCGUCACAUUCGCAGACACGACAACCUAAUACACAAAUUCAAUACCACAUUCAACCAGUUCAAGUUGUAUCGCCUGCACCCCAACAGAUGCCUACACUUCAACCUCAAACUCAGCAAAUACCGCAAUCCCAACCACACUUGCAGGCUCAAUCUGAAUUUUCAACGAGGUCUACACGAAGAUCACGCAGAUAA